AUGGGGAAGAUCACUUUCUACGAGGACAGGAGCUUCCAGGGCCGUGAGUGCAGCAGCGACUGCCCCAACCUGCAGACCUACUUCAGCCGCUGCAAUUCCAUCCGCGUGGACAGCGGCAGCUGGAUGCUCUAUGAGCAGCCCAACUACCAGGGCAACCAGUACUUAUUGAGGCGGGGGGAAUACCCCGACUACCAGCAGUGGAUGGGCCUCAGCGACUCCAUCAGCUCCUGCCGCCUCAUCCCCCAAGCAGGCUCCCACCGGAUACGGCUCUAUGAGAGGGAAGACCACAAGGGCCUCAUGAUGGAGCUAACCGAGGACUGCUCCUGCAUCCAGGACCGUUUCCACCUCAGUGAGGUUCGCUCCUUCCACGUGCUGGAGGGCUGCUGGGUCCUCUAUGAAAUGCCCAACUACAGGGGACAGCAGUAUCUACUGCGGCCCCAAGAGUACAGGCGCUACCAGGACUGGGGAGCCGUGGACGCUAAGGCAGGCUCUUUGAGAAGGGUGGUGGAUUUAUACUAA